CUCUUGUUGCUGUCAAGCCUAGACGCUUUGAUACGAGCAUCACUUUCCCUUAAUAUCGGGUACAAACUGCUGCUUGCGCCUGUUUUCCGUGUCUGGAUAUUUGCCGACGAAGCCUUCGACGCAAUCGUGGGGGGCACCGGGGCAGUGAUGAUUACUUUGUGUUCGACGAUAGUGCUCUCAUCUAGUAGCUACUCAUUGGAGCUUCCGUAUCCAAUUGCAUCGUGGAAGCGCACAAGUCAGCGAAUACGCCAGCACCCCAGCUCGAAUUCGUCCCGAUAUUCCCACGCUCGUGAUCUGUGACGCAAGACCAGUCACCACGAUGUCCAUCACUAAUUUUCCCAAGAUUAUUUACGGGACUGCAUGGAAACAGGACGCUACCGCUGAUCUCGUUGUGAAAGCCGUCCUUCAAGGGUACAGAGCCGUGGACACUGCAUGCCAGCCCAAGCACUAUCGUGAAGAUUUGGUUGGCGAGGCAUUGGAAACGCUUCAGACGAAGCACGGGAUAGCUAGGGAUGAGAUCUUCCUCCAAACAAAAUUCACAUCCUUGGAUGGCCAAGACAGAUCCAAGCCUCUACCUUACCAACCUUCAGCCUCCAUUACCACUCAAGUCCAGCAGUCCUUCCAAACUUCCCUCCGUAAUCUUCGGACAGCCCGCAUCAACGCACUUCUCCUCCAUGGACCCCUACGUACCGCCCAAAAAACCCUCGAAGCCUGGAACGCCAUCGUGGCACUCAAAAAGGAGAAUCGCGUAGAUCUAGUUGGUGUGAGCAACGUUUACGAUCCCAGGCUUUUGACGUACCUCACUGAGGGCGCUGGAGGAGUGAAGCCUGAUAUCGUACAAAAUCGGUGGUAUGAGGGUAAUGAUUGGGACCGGGACGUUGUCGCUUACUGCCUCAAAGAAGGCAUUCAUUACGAAUCUUUCUGGACACUAACGGGAUCUCCAGCCCUGUUUAAUCAUCCAUCCAUAGUCAAGAUUGCUGAAUCCCGUUCAUGCACCCCAGCCCAAGCCAUUUUCCGCAUCGCACAACAAAUAGGAAUCACUCCGCUCGCGGGCAGCAAAAACGAGAAGCAUAUGAAAGACGGUCUGCUUGCAGAACAUAUCGAUCUCAAUGGUCUGGAUGAUGGAAACAUUACCGAAUUCGUGGGACCAACUGCACAGGCUUGAAAAUGCUUCAGAAGCAAGGAUAGGCUUCAUAACCUGCAGAUCCAUAAAUAUGAUGCUGGUCUUCAGUUUUCCGAUCUUAGCCUUCAACAGGGGGCUAAGACCAUUUGCGG